AUGCUAACCGGGGUGACGGACGGUAUCUUCUGCUGCCUGCUAGGCGCGCCCCCCAACGCGGUAGCGCCGCUGGAGAGUGUCAAGUCCAGUGAUGGCUACACCUUUGUGGAGGUCAAACCUGGUUGUGUGCUGCAGGUGAAGCACGCUGGACCCGCCCCAGCCCCCACCCCACCUCCGCCAUCGCCACAAGAUGCUGCCCAGGGGGACAGGUCUGGCUUGGUCCACGGCCAGUCCCGGAUCACUGUGUACCGCAACGGGCGGUUAGUGGUGGAGAACCUUGGCCGGGCACCCUGAGCUGACCUCCUGCACGGGCACAAUGGCUCUGGAGAGCCGCCGGCCGCCCUGGAGGUGGAGCUGGCUGACCCCGUGGGCAGAGAUGGCCUCUGGGGCCCAGGAAGUGCCAGCAGUGGCAAUGGCAGAAGUGGGCAGCAGCGGCGAGCCCGACGCCCCAAGAGGACCAUCCACAUUGACUGUGAGAAGCACAUCACUAGCUGCAAGGGCGCCCAGGCCGACGUGGUGCUCUUUUUCAUCCAUGGUGUCAGCAGCUCCCUGGCCAUCUGGAAGGAGCAGUUGGACUUCUUUGUGCGCCUAGGCUACGAGGUGGUGGCACCUGACCUGGCAGGCCAGGCUGGGGCGCAGGUGGCCGCAGCCUACACCUUCUAUGCACUAGCUGAGGACAUGCGGGCUAUCUUCAAGCGCUACGCCAAGAAGCGGAACGUGCUCAUUGGUCAUUCCUAUGGCGUCUCCUUCUGCACAUUCCUGGCACACGAGUACCCAGACCUGGUGCACAAGGUGAUCAUGAUCAAUGGUGGGGGCCCCACGGCGCUGGAGCCAAGCUUCUGCUCAGUCUUCAACUUGCCCACCUGCGUCCUGCACUGCUUGUCACCCUGCCUGGCCUGGAGCUUCCUCAAGGCCGGCUUUGCCCGCCAAAGGGCCAAGGAGAAGCAGCUGCUUAAGGAGGGCAAGGCGUUCAACGUGUCAUCCUUCGUUCUACGGGCCAUGAUGAGUGGCCAGUACUGGCCCGAGGGUGACAAAGUCUACCACGCUGAGCUCACCGUGCCCGUCCUGCUCGUCUACGGCAUGCACGACAAGUUUGUGCCAGUGGAGGAAGACCAGCGCAGGGCAGAGAUCCUGCUCCUGGCCUUCCUGAAGCUUAUAGAUGAAGGCAGCCACAUGGUGAUGCUGGAAUGCCCGGAGACGGUCAACACCUUGCUCCACGAGUUCCUGCUCUGGGAGCCCGAGCCCGAGCCCGAGCCCUCUCCCAGGGCUCUGCCGGAGCCCCUGCCCGCGCCUGCAGAGGAGAAGAAGUAG